UGCAAAUCUGUGCAGCAGUAACGGUGUGGACAACCGGAGCGUGUGCGUGGAGUGGGACGAAGAGUGGACAAGCGUUUCUCUUCAGAUCUCGCGAGACAAGUCCCGUUCACUGGAGCGAGUAGACCGCUACAGUCCUGUCGUGCCCACCCGGCACCCGGUCCUAUCACUGGGCUGACAGACAGACAGGGGAAGGGGUGGGUGGUGGUGGACACCGAGCCAGGCGACAAAAGGCGACAUUACACCGGCACCAUGGAGCUCCUCUACCGGUUGCAGCUGACAAGCAGGAAGUUUCUACUUCCGUGAUAGAUGGCCGCCAUGGAGCUGAGAUAACAUCCUCCUUUCUUCACCAGUCACGACUCUGGAUCUAGUUUAAACCAUGGGAACAUGGCGUGGUCUACGAGUGGCGUUCGUCCUGGGGUCUUUGUUUAUGAUCCUGCUGAUCAUCGUCUAUUGGGACGACGUUGGAGGCUUCAACCUCUACCCUCUGCAGGAGCACAGACACGAGUCACCCCACUCUGAUACUUCCCUUCUCGUGACUACAGGCCCGUCACCCCCUACUUCCUUUAGCAGAGCCCAGACCAGUUCUUCCUUCAACGUCCUCACUACUGUUUCCGGUAAAACACAGGUCUCUGAUGAGACAGGAGGAGCAGCUGAGGACCAUGCAGAGGAGGAGAAGGGAAGGGACAAACAGGAACCGAUGAAGGAGGAAACAAGGGAGAAUGUGGAGAAGGAGUGGAGUCAUGCUGCUGUGGGCGAUGAGAAACAGGAGGUGAGGAAAAAGAGGAUCAUGGACAUGUGUUCAGGAAAGGAUGCUGUGGAGUUCCCCGGAAGGACUCGGGCUUUUGAGCAGAUCCCCAACAGAGAACUGGAUCACCUGAUAGUGGACGACACUCAUCAGAUUAUCUACUGCUAUGUUCCAAAGGUAGCAUGCACCAACUGGAAGAGAGUGAUGGUGGUUCUGUCUCAGUCUCUGAUUUCGCAGUCCUCAGGAAAACCCUACACUGAUCCAGAGGCUGUACCUCCUGACCUCGUACACAACUCCUCUCUCCACCUCACUUUUGCCAAGUUUUGGCGUCAUUAUGGUUCUCUGUCCCGCCACCUGAUGGCACUCAAGCUCCAGCACUACACCAAGUUUCUGUUUGUACGAGACCCUUUUGUUCGUCUCAUCUCAGCUUUCAGGAACAAGUUUGGAAGGCCCAACGAGGACUUCUACAGGCAGUUUGGUUCGGUCAUGGUGCGUCGUUAUGGUAAUGUCUCUGGCAGUCUGCCAGAGACGGCGGCUGAAGCAUUUGCAGCAGGAAUCAAACCGACGUUUCAGCAGUUUAUCACAUAUCUGUUGGAUCCAGAGACAGAGACGGAGAGUAUCUUCAAUGAACACUGGCGGCAGGUGUACCGUCUAUGCCAUCCAUGCCAGGUGAAGUAUGACUUUAUUGGACGACUAGAAACUCUGGAAACGGACGCAGAGCAGCUGCUGAAGCUUCUGGAGGUGGAUCAUCUAGUACGCUUCCCUUCAGGCGCUCGAAACCGCACUGCAGCCAGCUGGGAAAGAGACUGGUUUGCACAGAUUCCCAUAACAAUGAGGAGAGAACUGUACAAGCUGUAUGAACCAGACUUUGAGCUGUUUGGCUAUCCCAAACCUGACAGCGUGCUCCACUAGUAGACCACACCGAACCAGAGGCCCGGGCACUGCACUGUGUGUAGAGCCCACACCUCACCUACCCACGCACAGCCAGCAUAUGCCUUUAAAGACCGAUCUACAAUGCCGAUUGUUUCAUUUGUUUUGUGCAUACCUCAAAUGACAGAAGUGCCUGCCAGUAUUAUUUAAUUUUCAUCAUUUCAUAUCUGAAGCACACCUGCUUACAAAGCUUCGUUAUCCCAGUCUGUUUUCCCUGUGCAAAGGCACUUUGAAUAGUAUUUUGUGAAUAGUAAUUUGGUACAGUAGUCAUAGGGAAAGGACUGGGGCUAACUGAUGACUGACAUUUCUGAAGGGAAAUGUGUUGCAGAGAAAUAAAGGUUUUUGUAAAUGUUU